UUGAUUCGGGAAUAGGAGGCUUAUGAUUGAUGGAUCUAUCAGAUUUAUUCAUCAAAAGUUGUCAACAAAGAAAAAAAUAUUUGUUUUCUAAAUGACGCCAGUCUGCUUCAGGAAUAAACUAUAAAAUACUGAAAUAUUCAUAAGUCAUGUUGCUAAUAGUACUAACAUAUUACAGAAUUUUCUACAAAACAGAUUCAGUGCAAAUAGUGGAAGACUCGGAUGAAGUGGAGGAAGAGCCAGAGCCUCCAAACAUGAACCACGACGUGGACUUGUUGCAAAUACACGAGGACUCGAGCCACGACGAUGACGCCGGCAACCUGUACAACGAACAGGACACGCACAAGAUCGGCGACGAGUCUGAUGUUGAUUUAGAAUCGGACAACUCACCACCCUCGCCUGAAAACUGGGGUGAUGACGACCACAAUGUGUGUUGUGGCGCUACCGCUGGCAACGACGAAUCUGACGAGUCAGAGGAGUCUCACGACGAGGACGAGGAGGAGGAGCUUCAAGAGAGAUACGCCCCGCCGCGGGAGCUGCCGCGCACGCACGAGUUCACGGACUCCUCGGAGCCGAACAUGUCGGACCAGAGCACACUGUGGCCGUAGACCACUAUUGACUCAGCCGGAACUUUGUAGACGAAAGAGUCUUAGGGAAUGAUUGAGGAAAGUCCAUAUUGGGACGGAUUUUUGUAGUUGACACAUCGAUGUACAUGUGACAAAAAUAGUGGGAUUAGGGUAUAUUGGGUAUAAAGACAAUAUAUUUUGACGCAAUUUUGACCUCUAUAGGGGCGGCAGCAGUUGGAACACUAAUACACUGAAUAUAAUACCUUGAUCCAAGCAGCCGAUAGGCUCACAUUCGUGAUGGCGCCUCUUUCAUUUCGCUUGGAUAGCGAGAGUUUGCGUCACGAAUAUCACCUAAUCCCUACAUUUUUGGAUGCACCUUUAUAAGGUAACGGACCCAAUCAUGGACAGUUUAAGAAAAAUUUUCGCCUGUUUUUGAUAUUUCACUCAUAAAUGUAAAAAUUCUACCGCUAAGCGUGUUAAAUCUUGAAUGUCCUAUCCUUCUUUUAUAUUUUAAGCGUAUUGAAGAAUGGAUACUCAUAUUAGUUUCUUCAUACUUAACAAAUUAAAACUAGGUGUUUUUUCUCCAAUUAUGGACGGCAGUUCUCCAGUAAUGGAUCCCCCAUUAUGGACAGUGAAAUAAGUUUAAAAUUUUACUUUUAAAGCAA